AAAGCAUUUGCAAUAGCCACUAAAAGCGGGUUAAUCGAAAGUGCAGACCGUUGUCCGAAUUCAACCAGCAUCCAGUCCACAAUGCAUCCCCUUGAAUUCCAGGAUCCACACUCCACCCCCACAUUUUCCAAUCAUUCCAUUCUGCUUGUGCUUUCGAACAACCAGAGAUGGCCAGCACUGAGAUAGUUUCCAGCUUUUAUGGCUACUGAAAAUGCAUUCACCCGAAAUUGUAACUAAAAUUAUUAGUUUUGCGUCAGAUAGCAAUGCCCAUUCACUCCACCGAAAGUGCCCGAAACGAGAUGCCGGCAAUGAACACAGGCCAAAACAAAUUUGAAUGAUUUUUAUAGUUAGCUUUGAAAGUUUUAUAUAUAGUCCUGUUGAAUUAAAAAUCAACAUUUCUACCUAAAACUUCAAAUUUAUCAGUUUUUUCGAUCCGUCUUGACUUCUUGACUUUUUAGUUAAAGUUGAAAAAACUUGUUUUUUUCUACAAGAUUUUCCCUUAUACAUUUUGUCAAUUGGUUUUUUUAAUUGAUCAGACAAAGUGAAAUUGUCAGUCUCAAGAGUGUCAUUGGCCAAAAGCGAUGACUGGAGAACCCACAGUGGCUGGUCAAGUGGCUCCUUGGGCAUAGAGCUUCGUUUCGGGGCACUCGGGUCGCAGCAAUGGCCAUGGCUAGUUCCUGAACUAUGGUUUUUAGUAGACCAGCGAGCCUCCUUUGGAGGGACUGUAGAAGACCCGCGACUGGCCUGCACGAGGAGUUCGAUUGAAUCCAAAUUCGGUUAGAGCGGGAAAAAACGUGCCUGGCAAGAAACCGGAUGCCUGUCCCAUGAACAGUGCCAUCAAAGAGGAUGACGAGAUGGCCGAGGACUCUCCAGUCGAGAAAACGCAGACCACGGAAUCCCCGGCUGAGAACAAUACGGACCAGGAAAGAGCGGACUCCAUGGACGAUGCCAUAGUCGAGAAUGUCUAUGUAGACAUUAGCACGAAGAAUGGUGGCAACGGCAAAAUCCCCUUCAAGGAGAUCUUCUUGAAGCGCAAGAAGUCCUCCGAACGCAUCCGGGACAAGAAGCUGCGCCAGAACCGCCAGCUGCGCAAGUCCAUGCUGCCGAAGAACGCCUUGAUGGCCCUCAACGAGGUGAAGGGCGUGACCAUCAGCGAUUUCAUUAUCGAAAGUGAUUCGCACGGCGGAUUCACGGCCUUGGUCACGGUGAACUCCAAUCAGUACGAGGGCAAGGGUCUCUCCAAGAUGUCCGCCAAGAAUGCGGCCUGUGAGAAGGCCUGGCGCGACUUCAUCAUUGCCAAGAUGAAGGCCAAGAGUCCCAAGCAAAAGCCCGUCAGUGGCGACGAGGUGACUGCGGACGGCCAUGCCGAGGACGACGCAAUGGAGACGAACGAGAGCGAUGCCGAGUCCCAGGACGAUGAGCUGCCCAUGCUGAAUCUGGCCUCGUUUGCCAUCUACAAACUGUUUUCCGAGUGGGAGCGUGAGGGCUUCCCGGUGCCGCAGAUGCAUCCUUCGGCCAGCACUGCUGUUGCAGAUGGAAAGGAAACCGCACCACUGGCGCCCGUGGGGCCCAAGGAGCCCAAGAAGCCGCCAAUCCGGACCGAGCUGCCCGCUGGCUGGGAGACUCUGCACCCGGCCUCACUUUUGUCCAUUAUGCGCCCCGGAAUCUCGUACGUGAAUUUUGGAGAGCCCGGAGACCAGCCGAAUAUGCCCCAGUGCUUAAGCGUGACAGUGGACAAUCAGGAGUUCAUCGGCACCGGAAGAUCGAAGAAGAUAGCCCGUCGCAAUGUGGCCGCUACUGUGUGCAACGCGUUGUUUGAAACUAACUUCAUCUGCGAGGAGCAAUAAGCAGCUCCUGUUUGAAAUAAGCACACCUAAGACAAUUGAAUCUGAACAAAUGAUUCAAAGUAACACAGUAUAGACGACAUAAUUACCAAAACUGUAAACUGUCUAAAAACCAUUUAUAGGGAUGCAAUUGAAAUUGUAUAUGACUUAAAUUUUCAUAAUGCAGAAAUAUCUGCAUUUUUUACUUGUAUUUUUAUUUUAACGGAUUGAUUUAUCAAUUGAAAAUAUAUUGCAUGUUGAAACAACAUGAAAUUAAA